AUGCAGAAACCUUCCUGGAACAAUGAGAAUGGAUUUAUCAAGGACUUCUGGGAACAAGUAUUUGACUGUGAAGUUCCAGAUUCUAUGAAUCCAACAAAUUUUAAGGAAACAUGUAAUGGAGAGGAGAAACUGGAGAGUCUUCCAGCUACCAUCUUUGAAAUGAGCAUGACUGGCCACAGCUACAGUAUCUAUAAUGCCGUCUAUGCUAUAGCACAUUCCUUGCAUAACAUGUUCUCAGAUGGAGCCAAGCACACAGCCGUGGAGGAAGAGGACAGACAUGCUUUUCUAACUGUUAAGCCCUGGCAGCUCCACCCAUUUCUUCAGCGAAUCUCAUUCAACAACAGUGCUGGAGAUGAAAUUAUGUUCAAUGAUCAUGGAGAAUUAGUUGCUGGGCUCGACGUUACCAACUUGAUCACUUUCCCAAAUUAUUCUUAUGUCCGAGUCAAAGUUGGAAAGCUGGAUGCUCAGACUCCUCCAGGGAAAGAGCUCACCAUUCAUGAGGACAUAAUCGAGUGGCACAGGGAACUCAGACAGAAGCCUCCCUUCUCUCUGUGCAAUGACAAGUGCUACCCCGGCUACAGCAGGGAAAUGAAGGAGGGAGAGAAAUUCUGCUGUUAUGACUGUGCUCCAUGUCCACAAGGGAAGAUGUCGAACCAAGAAGAUAUGGAUUGUUGCAUCACUUGCCAAGAGGGUCAAUAUCCAAACAUGGUCCAAGAUCAAUGCAUCCCCAAGAUUCGCACCUUCCUUUCCUUUGCAGAUCCUUUGAGUGUUUUUUUAGCCUUUAUGGCUGUGUUCUUUUCUCUGACCACAGCUGUGGUGCUUGCCAUCUUCAUCAAGUACAAAGACACUCCCAUAGUCAAAGCCAACAACCGGAGCCUCACAUAUGUCCUUCUUGUCUCUCUCUUCCUCUGCUUCCUCUGCUCUUUGCUCUUCAUCGGACAGCCAAACACGGUGACCUGCCUCCUCCGACAAACAACUUUCAGCAUCAUAUUCUCUGUUGCUGUAUCUUCCAUGUUGGCAAAAACCAUAGUAGUUGUGGUGGCCUUCAUGGCCUCCAAGCCAGGCAACCUUUUUCGGAAGUGGGUGGGGAAAAGGUUGGCACAUUUGAUUGUCAUUUUCUGCUCCUCGAUUCAAAUCAUCCUUUGUGCUCUUUGGUUAUGUGUUUCUCCUCCUUUCCCAGAUUUGGACAUGCACUCACAGAAUGCAGAAAUUAUAAUGCAGUGUAAUGAAGGGUCGGUCCGCCUGUUUUAUUGUGUCUUGGGCUAUAUGGGUUUCCUGGCCAUUGUCUGCUUCACUGUGGCUUUCCUGGCCAGAAAGUGGCCUGACAGUUUUAAUGAAGCCAAGUUCAUCACUUUCAGCAUGUUGGUCUUCUGCAGUGUUUGGCUUUCCUUCCUGCCAACUUACUUGAGCACAAAAGGGAAAGACAUGGUGGUCGUGGAGAUCUUCUCCAUCUUGACCUCCAAUGCUGGGUUAUUAGGCUGUAUCUUUUUGCCCAAAUGCUACAUUUUAAUAGUAAGGCCUGAGAUGAACAACAGAGAGCACUUGAUAAGAAAACAAAUUCUAGUCUCUAAUAAUUAA